AUGGCGCAAACCAUGUUCGAUCCAGCAUCGUUUACUCAGAAUAGUUGUACGAACAAUAAUGAAUGGACGACUUGGUUUGAUUCAUCUGAUCCGAAUUUCACUCAAGGUGAACACGAAAUAACCAAGCAUAUUCAACAACUGUUUCCCGGUUUCAUGUGUCCUGAUCCGAUCGCUAUCGAAGCUCAAACAGUAACCGAUGGAAGUCCAACACAAACUGGUGACGUCAUUCGACUCACCAAAGAUGACGGAUUCAUGUGUUUGAAUCAAAUGGUCACCGAUUUCAAAACAAAGUUAUGCGCUGAUUACAAAGUUCGCUAUUGUUGUCCUACAAGCAGUAUUGGAAAACCGACGAUACAGACGAUUCCACCAGUAAUUAGCACGACAAGACCGACAAUAGCAAAUACCUGUGGUCGACAGGUCAUUACUCCAUCGUAUCAACGCAUUGUUGGUGGUACGGAAGCCGUUGCACAUUCUUGGCCAUGGAUUGUUUCUUUACAGUCACGUGAUCAUUUUUGUGGUGGUACAUUGAUUGAUAAUCGACAUGUGGUUACGGCGGCACAUUGCAUAGAUUCGACGAAUUUUCGAGUCAUUGCUGGUUUACAUCAACGAACCAAUAUAAACGGCCCACGCUCACAAAUCCUCGGUGUUCAACGUGUCUUUGUCCAUGAACAAUAUAAUAAAAAAACUGAAGCCAACGAUAUUGCAUUGGUCCGUCUGGCGCAGCCAGCACAAUUCAAUGACUAUGUUGGUGCAAUUUGUUUACCUGGGCCCGAUCCUCAAGAAUCUGAACGUGUCACAGUGGCUGGCUGGGGUGUUCUAUCGGAAAAUGGAAAUAGCGCCAGUUCGCUACGUCAAGUCACUGUUAAUGUGAUGAAUAAUCAAGCACAACAAGCCUACAGAAAUUCAUUCGAUGUGAGACAGCAGAUCGGUGCCGGUAUUCCGAAUAUUGGCGGAAAAGAUAGUUGUCAAGGUGAUAGUGGUGGUCCUUUGAUGUACAAUGCGAAUAAUCAGUGGUAUCUUUCUGGUGUGGUCAGUUUUGGAGAUGGUUGCGGUGCGGCAAAAUACCCGGGAAUUUACACUCGUACUAGUGCCUAUCUUACUUGGCUUCGCAGUAAAAUGAAUACUCCUUGA